CUUCGGCGCUCAGUCGCUUUUUACUUGGUUUGAAUGGAGUCAUAACUAAGAGAAAAGAACUCAAAGGCAAUUUUAACAGCACAGUUUCUUCUGAUCUUUGUUUGGAAUAGGUUCUAAGGUGUCAAGCUUAGAGACAGCACUACGAAAGUUUUUCGUGAUUGUUUAAAAAGGCUUUUUGAUCUCAUUAAAAAUGCCCUCCGCUGUAAUUAAGCACGAUCUGGACCUUGAGCCCGAAUUGCCAGAAGAAUUUAAAUACAUCGCUGAAGGACAGGGUGAAUGUGAAAAUAAAAAGCUUCAGUUAAUUGAUGAUUUUCGAAAUUUUAUACUGGAACAUGACGGUUGUACGCCACAUCGAACAGAUGACGAAUAUUUGCAAAAAUUUCUUCGUGCCCGCUUUUGGAACAUAAAGGACAGUUAUGAUUUGAUGGUUAAUUACUACAAAUUUCGAAACCAGAAUAAAAGUUACUACGAAAAAGUUCGACCACUGGAACUAAAGAUUUUGGGUGAUGAGGAUAUUAUAUCAGUAACGCCAUACAGAGAUCAAAAUGGACAUCGUAUUUUAAUUUAUCGUUUUGGGGCUUGGAAACCAGCAAAAAUCAGCGUUGAUGAUAUAUUUCGAGCCACUAUCAUCCUACUUGAAUUGGGCUCUUUGGAACCGAUUGCCCAAGUGAUGGGUGGAGUAGGCAUAUUCGACUUAAAGGGCCUAACUUUAAAUCAUAUUUUUCACUUAAAUCCAAAUGUAGCACAGAAAAUGAUUGCUUUACUAGUGACUUCGAUGCCCGUGAGAACUGCGGCAUUACAUAUUGUAAAUCAAAAUUGGGCCUUUAAUGCCGCCUACAACAUUUUUAAGCCGUUUUUAAAUGCCGCAAUGAAAGAACGAUUGUUUAUUCACGGCUCAGACAUGACGUCUCUUCAUAAACACAUAAGUCCAGAUCGCUUGCCGAAAAGGUAUGGCGGUGUACAAGACGAUUAUCCUUAUCAGCUAUGGAUAGAUAGUUUGAUUGGAAACGAGAAAAUACACAAGGAGCUGGGACAGUUGGGAUAUAUAUUUUGAAAUUACGAAGAAUAAACUUAAAUAACUCAAUAUAUCAAUUGUAUUCUAUGGAGUAAUCACCAUCCAGGGUAUUAUAUAUAGUCUAUAUUUGUAUAUUCCAGCUUAUUUUUAAAUUAUAUUUCACAGCCAUAAAACAUGUUAGAAUUAUAAUACUAAGGAUAAUGUCAGCUCUAAGUAAUAUAUAUAAAUUAGUGUCGAAAACUUCCACUAAAA